GCAAUGAUUGUCAUUAACUUAUAUUUUUAUCAACCAGCAGAAGAAGUAAAUUAGAAAUUGUUUUUAUAAUUUUAUUCGUUUAGUGAAGAAAAAAGUGUGUUUAUUGUAUAUAUUCGUCUUUUCUUUCGUGUGUUUAAUUACUAAAUAUAGAAAUAUUGUUCUUUGUGUUCGUUCGUUGAAAGUUACUUUCAUUGUGUACAUUGUGUAACAAGUCUCGAAUUAUAUUUAAUUCUAUAUAGUAAAAAGCCACAUAGAAUCUUCAUUUAUGAAAAAUGCGAAGAUCAUUGAGAUUAACGAUGAAAAAUACAAAUUACAAAAGUCCAUUGAAGCGUUUACAAACGAGAAAAGGAAAGCGACAAAUAGACGAAGAAUCGUCUAGAUUAAGGCCAGCGAAACGUCAAAAAUUGAAUGGUUUGACAAAGAGACAGAGAUUAAAUUUGGCCCAGAGGAGAAGUAGUAUUAUUAUUAUCAACGAUGAAAAUGACAUUGGAUCAACAUCUUUUGCGAAAAAGGCGGGAAUUCAAGAUGAGCCGGACGAUUCUAUUAUUAUUCUCGACGAUUGGAAUGAAAAAUCGGAGAAAAAUGCCACGAAAUCAGAGACAAAAUUGAAUCCAACGGAAGACGUGACUGUCGUUUGGUCCUCGGUUCCGGUGACGAUACCAAAAGCAGGCGACGACUUUAUUCCCCUUGAAGUUGAAGCAGCCGCACCAACAACAACAAAGACGAAUUUCACAAAUUUGGAAAUGCUAAAAGGCGAUUAUCCGCAAAAAUGGUUGGGCGAAUGGCUCGAGGAGAGGAAAAUGGCGCGCAAACAAAAUCAAAUGGAAAUUGCGAAGAGAAUUCGCGAUAAUUUACAGCAAGCUGAGAGUGCAAAGGCAAGGAAAAUUGAGCAAAUAAGAAAAUUAGUUGAGACCCGAGUGAAGGAGAAGAUAAUGGAGAAGGGACAAAUAAGGGAGAAUAGAUCGGAAGUUAUGGAAAUAACCGAAAUAGCGAAAAUAAGUGAUAAAUCGAAAUUUAAGGAUAAGGGGAAAAUGGCUGUUGAUGAAGUUGAUAAGGCAACGACAGCAACGGCUACAACGACAGCAACAACGACGAAAAAUUGUGAAAUAAACGACGUGGGGAAAAAGAAGAAUAAAAAGAAAGCGAAGAAUGAUAAAUUUGGAAAAAUGAGGGAAAUUGAGGAGACAAUGGAGAAGGCGAGAAUAAACGAAAAAUGCGAGGCGGGAAAGGAGAUUAUUGAUAUAACGGAAAAAUCGAGUACAAGCGGAGAAUUGAGGGAAAUUGUUAUUGAUGGACCGAAUGUUGCGAGAGCAUACACGAGGGGAAAAUAUUUCUCGCAAACGGGAUUAAAAAUUGUUAUUGACUUUUUUAAAAAUAGAGGUCACAAGGUAGUUGCUUUUAUUCCUCAACACGUGCGAAGUCGUAAUCGCGAAAUGUUAGAGGAUCUUAAUCGUGAUGGUUACGUUGUUUUUACGCCGAGUCGAAAAGCCGGUUCGAAAAUUAUUACUCCCUACGAUGACAGGUAUGUGUUGGAAUACGCCACAAAAUGUAAUGGAAUAAUAAUAUCGAACGAUCAAUACAAAGAUUUAUAUCAAGAGAAACCCGAAUGGCGUGAUACGAUAGAAAAUUGCAUUCUCCCGCCAACAUUUGUCGGCGAUCAUUUAAUGUUUCCUGACGAUCCACUCGGCAGAAAUGGUCCAAAGCUCGACGCAUUUCUUAGGCACUCAACAUAGAAUUACCAGAAGGAAAAAAAAUUCUUUUCUUCUUAUCCAAAGUUUAUUUUUUAUGUUUACGUGAUUUUCAAAAAAAUGAAAAGAAAAAUUUAAUAUAUUACUUCUUGUCACAUUCUAAUUAUAUCACACACUUUUUAUGCAAAAGGAGGUAAAGAAAAAUUCAUCUCAUUAAAAAGAAAAGAAAUACGGAAACGAAAUAUGUUUCAAAAACUUUUUUUUUUGGUUAUUUUUAGAAAAGAAAUUAAAAAAAUGUGGGUUUCGAGAGA